CGAGGGGUGACACGGGUUUCUGGGGGGUGUGAGACCAGCGGCCAGCUCUCAUGUCUCUGCAUGAGUUUCUGCGCGAGGGCGGCGAGGCGUCCUGCCGGAUCAUGAACCGGCUCAGCCACCUCAUCCAGAACCUGGACAUCUCUGGACUGGGCUCUCCGUUCCCUUUCAGCCCUGCCAGCGGGAAAAGCUCCUGGAGAGACUGGGACGAUGAGAUCAUGCAGCUGGACAGCAGUCCUCUCCGUGCGGCCGACAUCGCGCCCGACCUCAAGAAGCAGUUCGCCUUCCUUUCAGGGGGGAGAGGAGACAACGGCAGCCCCAUCAUCGUGUUCCCAGAAUUCCCUGCGUUCGGAGAGAUCACCGACAGAGAGUUCCACAACGUGCUGACCUACCUGACAAGCGUGCCCAGCUUGUCGUCGACAGACGUCGGUUUCAUCCUGGUCAUCGAUCGGCGGCAGGACCGAUGGGCGGCCGUCAAGGGGACCCUGCUCCGGAUCGCAGGCUCCUUCCCCGGGAACCUCCAGCUGGUCCUGGUCCUGAGGCCCACCGCCCUCCUGCAGCGCACGCUCUCCGACAUCCUCUUCAAGUUCAACAAGGAUGAGUUCAAGAUGAAGGUUCCGGUGAUCAUGCUGAGCUCCGUCACCGAGCUGCACUCCUACAUCGACCGCUCGCAGCUGACCCAGGAGCUCGGCGGCACGCAGGAGUACUGCCACGAGAAGUGGAUCUCACAUCGGACGGCCAUCGAGGGCUUCGCUCUGAUGGUGAAGAGAACCGCUCAGACCCUGCAGUCCUUCGGCGCCGAGCUGGCAGAAACCGAACUCCCCAAUGAGAUUCAGGCCACGACGCUGCUGCUCAGCACACACACCAGCAAGAAGAAGAAAAUGAAGGAGGACAUCCUGGUGGCUCUGGGUCAGGGCAGCAGGCUGCUGGAGAGCAUCAACGAGCCGGUGGUGAGAGACCCCGACCACAACAUGAACCAGGACGAGAUGGAGAAUCUGGCCACGGUGCAGAGAUUGCUGUCUCAGCUGGACGAGACGGAGCGGGCCUUCGACGAGUUCUGGGUGAGGCAUCAGACCAAACUGGAGCAGUGUCUCCAGCUGCGCCACUUCGAGCACAGCUACCGCGAGGUGAGGGCUCUGCUGGACCAGGUGUCGGAGAAACUGGCCUCCUUCUCUGAGGUGGGGAUCAGCCCGGCUCACGCCGAACACAUCUUCUGUGAAAUCACCGCCUACGAGGAGAGAGUGUGUGACGUUCUGGACCGGGCCUCGGCUCUGUCCCGCGAGGGCGAAGACCUGAUCCAGAAGUCUCACUACGCCGAGGACUCCAUCCAGCCCAAAUGCAGCGAGCUCAGAGCGGUCAGCCAGAGCGUCAGCGGCAGCCUGACGGCCCAGAAGGACCACCUGCUGAAAGCCAGGGAGCUGCACCAGCGCCUGGAGAGGGCGUCCAAAUGGGUGGAUGAGGGAAUUUACCUGCUGGCCUCUCAGCCGGUGGACAAGUGCCAGUCUCACGAGGGGGCCGAGGUGGCCCUGCAGGAGCUGGAGCGGUACCUGGACAGCACCGCCCAGAACCAGCUGACGGAGCUGGGCGACAUCUGGAGCGAGUACGAGGCCGUGCUGAACCAGCAGUUCAGGGACCAAGUGGAGAAGGUCUUCCGGAAGCAGACGUCCAUGCAGGAGAUGUUCGACAAGAGGAGAGUCAGCCUGAAGAAGCUCGCAGCCAAACAGACCAGGCCUGUGCAGCCGGUCGCCCCGAGACCCGAGGCCUUCAUCAAGUCCCCGCUCAGCUCGCCUGCACACAGAGCUCAGCUGGAGAGAAGCGUCUCGCAGACGGACUCUGGAAGCGGCUGUGAGAAGAGCGGCGACGGCAGCAGCCGGCACGCCUCCCUGUCGGAGGAGGAGGAGAACCUGGCGGUGCUGCGGCGGCACGUGAUGAACGAGCUGCUGGAGACGGAGCGGGCCUACGUGGAGGAGCUGCUGUGUGUGCUGCAGGGAUAUGCCUCGGAGAUGGACAAUCCGUCCAUGUGUCACCUCAUCCCCGCUCCUCUGCAGAACAAAAAGGAGAUUCUGUUUGGAAACAUGCCGGAAAUCUAUCACUUCCACAAGAGAACCUUUCUGAGGGAGUUGGAGCAGUACACCGACGUCCCUGAGCUGGUCGGCCGCUGCUUUUUGGAGAGGAUGACCGACCUGCAGAUCUAUGAGAAGUACUGUCACAACAAGCCUCGCUCGGAGAGUUUGUGGAGGCAGUGCUCGGACUGCGCCUUCUUCCAGGAGUGUCAGAAGAAGCUGGAGCAUAAACUGGGCUUGGAUUCGUACCUGCUGAAGCCGGUUCAGAGGAUCACCAAGUACCAGCUGCUGCUGAAGGAAAUGCUGAAGUACAGUAAAGGCUGCGAGGGAGCCGACGACCUGCAGGAGGCGCUCACCUCCAUCCUGGGCAUCCUGAAAGCCGUCAAUGACUCCAUGCACCUGAUCGCCAUCACAGGAUACGAGGGAAAUAUGAGCGAACUGGGCAAGCUGCUGAUGCAGGGCUCCUUCAGCGUGUGGACGGAGCACAAGAAAGGCCAUGCCAAGGUCAAGGACCUGGCCCGUUUCAAGCCCAUGCAGAGACACCUCUUCCUCCACGAGAAAGCUCUGCUGUUCUGCAAGCGGAGGGAGGAGAACGGCGAAGGCUACGAGAAAGCUCCGUCCUACAGCUUCAAGCAGUCCCUGAGCAUGAGCGCCGUGGGCAUCACUGAGAACGCAAAGGGAGACAACAAGAAGUUCGAAAUCUGGAGCAACUCCAGAGAAGAGGUCUAUAUAGUUCAGGCUCCGACAGCUGAAGUGAAAACCACGUGGGUGAAUGAGAUCAGGAAGGUCCUGACCACACAGCUGGAGGCCUGCAGAGAAGCCAGCCAGCAGAGGGCGCCAGACCAGGUUUUCCAGUUCCCACCUGUGCCUGCAGGAACAGUGAAUCUCAGUCCAUUUAAAAACGGUCAGAGGAGCUUCAAAAGAGGAGAGGAGAAGAAAGCUGAGCCCUGCAGCCCGGAUGUCAACUCCUCCUCUUCACCGAAGCCCACAGGAAAAGACGAGGCCGCGACGAGCCCGACCUCAGACAGAGCCGCUGUGGCGAAAAAGCGUUUCACGCUGCAGGGCUUCAGUAACCUCAAGGCUCAGAAAGAGCCCCCAACAACUGACGACAAAAGUCUGACAUUACCCAUGAUAAUCCUCCCGUCGUCAGGAUCUCCCACCAGCCCGGACCACAAGACCAAGCGGCAGAGCGACCCCACGCCGUUCGGCUUCAAAGGCGGCUGGAGUAAGACCUCGCUGUCGCUGGACGCCUCAGAGGAGCACGACGGCUAUUCCAGCGCCGAGGACCCUCUGAACUCCGACCCGGAGGAGGAGAACGGCAAGAAGCCGAGUGCGGGGAAAUACACCGUGAUGGAGGACUACGAGAAGGUGGGUGAGGAUCUGUCGGUGAAGAGCGGAGACCUGGUCCAGCUGGUGAAGGAGGGAGAGGACGGACAGUGGUUUGUGCGAAACUUGAAUACUUGUAAGGAGGCCUGGGUCCCUGCUGCGAACCUCAUCGCCCUCAUCGGAAAAUCCAAGUCUUGCCAGUCUCUCAGCAGCUCAGAGGGCAGCGGCUCCGGGAACCUCAGCACGUCGUCCAGCUGCAGUGAAACCUACACAAGCUUCUCCGACAUCAAACCCUGAACCCCCCCCCCCUCGGCACGUCCUCCACCCUCACACUGCCCUCGUGUACACGCUAACGUCACACACGCUGCGUUGCCAACUUUUCCACGGAAAGCGGUAUUUUUUCAUCGUGUCUGUCUGAAGCCACGGGCUGACGGAGGGUCAGAUCAGCUGAGUCCACCGUUCAGUGGGGAGCUCUUCCUCCAGUCACUGUCAUGUCGGUUUAUUUUUUACACAAACGGAGGAUGGGCGUGAAUCUAAGGGAGUAGAUGUAUGAACGGGGCAGCAGGACUGAUCUCAGUUGAUGCAUCUGUUUAUGUUUGUAUUGAAAUAAGGAGAAUAUUUUUGAUCUGAAGCGGGCAGCAGACAGCCACAUCUGCACUAACUGACACCUGGGGUCUGUUGAUAUUCCAGCUGUCACUGUGAAUAAUGCAUAAGAGGAGUAUUAGUUGGGCUGAUUGGGCCUGAUUGAAUGUUAUUUAAGGGUUGCCUCCCUGUCUUCUGCUUCUUCCAUCUCACCUGUUAAUUUAUUUGUAAAAAACCAAACGUACAGUAUCUGAACACCGCUGUUUCUUCCUU